AUGGCUCGCCUACCUGAAGCCAUUCAAGCCUGCAAGAAGGAUACGGUUGACGAGGUUGAUCUUAUCAUCUGGGACUGUUUUGCUGAGCUACGGGUUCCCCUCGACCAGAAGCUGACAGUGGGUAUCUUGAACGAGGGCCAGCAGGAGCUGAUUCAAAUUGUUGGCAAGGAAACGGCGCAAAAGUUUCCAAAUUCAAAGCUUGGGACGGUUUGGCUAGGAGGGCCGCGCCUUGACUGCGCCAGGCAUGGAUUCCACCCUAUGGACAUUACAUUGGAGUUCAUGGGUAAAGCUGUCAUCAACAUGGAUGAAGAAGUCCCAUUUUCCCAUGAGGAGCUCCGGGCGAAGGGCUUCAGGCGUGUGAAGCUGGACGCUGACCAAGCUGAGGAUGCACGUAUUCCGCCUGCGGCAUCCGCGGCCGGCUCCUCUGCGGUGAUAUUUCAUUCACCACGGGCCCUGGCAGGACAGAAAUUAAGUUUUGACUGCAACUCACUUUUCUACCAGGAGGCGAGAGCCAAAAGCGGCGCAAUGUGCGGAGACGAUGGCUCCUUUGAUUACGAAUUUCAACCAACGAUGCAGUGGUAUGCGGGCCAGGCGAGAGAAGGGCGCGGAUACGCCCACAUGCUGGUUGCUCCAUGGCAGGAGACGCUUGAGGCCAUGGGUGCCCGGGGCAAAGCGGACAAGUCAGGAAUGUCAUAG